AUGGAUAUCACUCCAUCAGAUUCUAACGUUGCCCUCAACGCGCCGCAACAGCCAGAGGGACCUUCGCCUUCACCCACACCGGCUUACGACCCCACUCACGAAGAGCAUCAAUAUCUCAACCUCAUCCGCACUAUUAUCAGCACAGGCGAGCAUCGUCCAGACCGCACAGGAACAGGCACUCGGUCUAUCUUCGCACCACCGCAGCUUCGCUUCUCGCUCUCCAAACCGUCGUCUGACCCGUCAAACCCAGAUCCCGUCCCCGUUCUGCCCCUCCUGACCACCAAGCGCGUCUUUCUACGCGCAGUUAUCGCAGAGCUACUGUGGUUUGUGUCAGGUUGCACAUCUUCGCUGCCGCUAAGUGAAGCUGGAAUAAAGAUCUGGGAUGGCAACGGCAGCCGAGAGUUUCUUGACAGUGUCGGCUUGUCACAUCGUGAAGUUGGUGAUUUGGGGCCUGUAUAUGGUUUUCAAUGGCGCCAUUUUGGUGCGGAGUAUGUCGAUGCAAAAACAGAUUAUGCUGGGAAAGGAGUCGAUCAGGUUGCUGAGGUUGUCAGGAAAUUGAAGGAGUCGCCAUAUGAUAGGCGUAUCAUUCUAAGUGCCUGGAACCCGGCCGACCUGAAGAAGAUGGCUCUCCCGCCGUGCCAUAUGUUCGCACAGUUCUACGUGUCGUUCCCCCCUCAGAAGGAAGGAGAUGAGAGAGGGAAGGGCACGUUGUCGUGUGUGUUAUACCAGAGGUCGUGUGACAUGGGUUUGGGAGUGCCUUUCAACAUCGCAUCAUAUGCGCUGUUGACGCACAUGUUUGCUCACGCAGCAGAUUUGCACCCCGGGACUUUUAUUCAUACCAUGGGAGAUGCACAUGUGUACCUUGACCAUAUCGAAGCUCUACAAGAACAGCUUACCCGGGAACCAACCGAUUUCCCUACACUUAAGAUCAAUCGUACUGACCAGGGAUCCGGUGAGAUGGAUGGCUGGAAGGACUCUGAUUUUGAAGUUCUGGACUAUAAACCUCAUAAGCUGAUUAAGAUGAAGAUGAGCGUAUGA